GUUGGGGUAGACAUUAAAUUCGGAACGUUAAGCAUUUUAAGUUUUACAAAUUUCUGUGCACAAAUGCAGAGUUACAGUGAAAAAGUAAAACUUGUAAAAAGUGCGAGUUUUCCAAGCAGACAGCUGGUGGCCACCUCAGACUUAUCACCAGGCGAUGUUAUUUUGGAGGAGCAACCACUUCUCGUGGCCCCACAUUGGGAGUGCGAACAGAUGAAAUGCAGCCAAUGUAUGCAGGCCUCGUUUGUGAUGUGCAAGAAAUGCGAAAUCUUUCCGCUUUGCAUCGACUGCACAACUCACCCUGCCUUCGAUUGUGAUUUCUUCUGUAAUGCCGCAGCUAAGAUUUCCAAAAAUCUGCUUGUUGAAAAUUAUGCCAUUUUCGGAGUGCUCAAAUUGUUGUUGCUCAUGGAGAAUCCAGAAUGCAGCGAAUACUGCGCAGUAUUGAGUGCCACACCGGGCGCCACUGUUGUAGAUAGCGAUGCAUGGCAGGAGCGCGAAGUUCAAAUCAUCACACCAAUACUACAGUCCGGCAUAGCGAGCGCCUUCAAGCGGGUCAAGAUCACCCACGAAUUACUGCACACACUCUGCUGGCGCAUCGAUGCUAACGCUUUCGAAGUGACCGCAAGCGACGGCAACACGCUGAAAGGGGUUUACGUGUGCGGCGCGCAGCUGCCCCAUAAUUGUGUACCCAAUACAGUGAUCACCUUCGACGAGGAGUUCAGCCUAAAAUUGUAUGCAUCGGUGCGCAUACGUGCCGGUGAAAUCAUCUACAACUCCUAUACGAAUCCACUAAUGGGUACCAGCCAACGACAUCAUGAGCUCCGUCUCACGAAAGGCAUCGAGUGUACGUGUGCGCGUUGCAGUGAUCCACUUGAGCUUGGCACGCAUAUGAGCUCGCUCAAAUGUCGAAAAUGUGCCGGCGGUUUUGUAGUGUGUACGACGUCCGUACGUAAUGGCAAAAGUAGUGGUGAGUGGAAAUGCGUCAAUUGUGGCGCAUUUAUGGCGGCGGAUGAGGUGAAACAACUGCUGGUGGAUGUCGGCGAGGCGCUAUUGGAGACCAACAGUGAACUGUUCGCAUACGAGUGUCUGCUGGAGAAGUACAGCGCACAUUUUCAUCAGAAUCAUUUUGUAUUGGUGGAAAUCAAACAGAAUAUUGCCUCCAUACUGCGCGCCAUCCUCAUGAAUCCCAUGUGUGUGCCUGGCAAGGAUUUGUUGGAACGCAAAUUGCAAUUGUGCGAAGAAAUGAUGCCGUUGGUACGUGCAGUGCUGCCGGGUAUUUCGAAAUUGUACGGCAUUGCAUUGUAUGAAUAUCUGUUGUCUUAUAUGGAACUGGCUGAGUUGGUUUACGAAGACAAAGAAGCAGCGGAUGCGGCGUUGGUAUUUCAAGAAAAAUUGGAGAACGCGCGAGAUAUUGCUGCUAAAGCUAAAGAAAUGUUACGCUUCGAGCCGAGCAAUUCACCAGAAGGGCACUUGUUGAGUCGCAUAGCCAUGGAGCAGAAACGCAUCGAGGAUAAUUUACGGCAGCUUAAUUCCAAAAGAAAUGGUGCUUAAAUUAAUAAAAAUAAAUUUUAAAAUUAGAUUUCUGAUACUGAAUGUUGGGGAGAUGUUACUUAUAAAUAAAGUCGUGCAACAAAAUGAAACGAAAAGUAAAAUAAAUUCUUUGAAAUGA